UUGAGGAAGGUGAAGAUUGAGGCUUUCAGAAUCGGAGAUCUAACCGGAGCUGGGACUCUGUUAUCUGAAGAGAACUCCCUGACUUCGCCUCCGUACUGAUUGCCUUCAUCCAAUUUCAUCGCCGUUAAAGCUGAGGGCCGUAGUUCAUUGAGCUUCCUCAGAAUAUCAGAAGCAGGAGAAAGAAGAGUUCAAAAGAAAAACAUGGAAGUGGUAUACCCUCUUUCUGCUGAAAAUGAUGCAACUGAAAUCGUACGAUCAACUAGAGAUCUCCCACCAGCUCAUUAUAUAUUUCGAAUCCAGAAUUUCUCAUUACUCUUAGAGAUGAAACAGGAAAAAUGUGACUUUGGCCAGUUUGAAGUUGGCAGCUACCAAUGGAGAUUGGUACUCUACCCAAAUGGGAAAACGAAUAGUAAUGGCAAUGGUCACAUUUCUCUAUAUUUGGGAAUAGCAGGUACCAAUGAUCUUUCACUUGGGUGGGAGGUUAAUGUGAACAUAAGAUUCUUUGUGUAUGAUCAAAUCCGAGACAAGUACCUGAGUGUUCAAGAUGCAAAUGGGAGAGUAAGACGCUUUCAUAAUUUGAAGACCGAAUGGGGAUUUGCCCAGUUGCUUUCCCAUGAGACUCUCAAUGAUCUAUCAAAUGGCUAUCUUGUUGAUGACACGUGUGUCUUUGGGGUGGAAGUUUUUGUUAUUAAAGCUACUGGUAAAGGGGAGAGUUUGUCUAUGAUAAAUAAGCCUCAAAAAAAUUAUUUCACUUGGAAGAUUGACAAGUUUGCUGACUUGAAAGAUGAAGUUUCUUACUCAGAGCAAUUCACUGUUGAAGGUCGAAAAUGGAAGUUGCAACUCUAUCCGAAAGGAAUUGGAAGAGAAUCAAUCCCAUUCUUGUCUCUCUUUCUCGUUCCGGAUGGUUCAAAAAGUCUUUCAUCUAACAGAAAAGUGUACGCAAAAUACAAGUUACGUAUAAGGGACCAAAUCAAUAGUAAUCACCUUGAAAAGACAGUGGAGUACUGGUUCUCUGAUGACAACACUGGUUAUGGUUUCCCCAACUUUUUGGCACUAAGAGAUCUCACCGACACAUCAAAGGGCUACUUGAUUGCUGAUACUUUGUUCAUUGAAUGCAAAAUUGAUGUCAUAUCCGCCGUUAAGAAUUUCUCCUCAAAUUAA